AUGGUGUCUGUUGAGGAAGCUGUCAACACCAGCAGCAGCGAUGGCGAGAAGAAUCAAAUCAACAACAAUCCAUUUGAGCGCUUGCAGCCACCCUUGCGUAGCGAGGAGGACGAAAUACGAAAAGGUAUUUUUGGCCAGGCACUGCGUCUGCUGCACACUGCCACAGACGAGGUUAAGUUGCACUGGCGGCGUGCCAUCGAGGAGGCCAUUGCUGCACGGCAGCCUACACUACGCAGGAAUAAGAAGGCGGCACUUGUGGCGGAGGAGGCCGGUGAGGCGACUCUGCUCGUUACAUCUGCCGCAGUGAAGCGUUCCCGUGACGAUGAUAAAGGAUGGGAGGUUGACGCUGAAGACGUGGAAAAGAUAGGAAAGACAGAGGGAGGCGAGGGUGGGGAAACUCGCUCUGGUGGUGAGACUAGCACAGAUCGUUCUGGCUGCCAUACCACUGCCGAAGAUUCACAAGUGGAUAACACGGAGUUCAUUGCAGCAUAUCUCCGUACCUUACUUGAUAAGGUUGUGGGUCUAAGUCUUCUUGAGCUUCAUAUUGAAGCUCUACGGGUGUUGUGCGUCAUGCUGGGUAUUCCGCCCCCUAAGAGCCGCAGUAAAAUGACGUUCUACAGCACUCUCGCUAGCUUUUACUACACACACUGUGAGAAGCUUGGCAAGCGUGUUUCAAGCUCUCACAACUUGCAGGCACAGCUGAAGCGCGACGAACAGAUGGUUCGGAAACUGUGUUCAACGGGUUCCACAUCUCAGGCAAUUUCAGGUGCAAGAAGGAGCAGGGCGGCAGGGGCGACAGCAACUGCUGCGCCGCCGCCAGACACCACAGGUAAGGUGAAUAUCGCCGCUCUCAGCAGCGACGACAAAAGUGGGGACAACCACAGGAAGAAUGCUCGUACCAUGCCAACUAGUGGGGACGGCAUUGCUUCCACUAUAGACGGCACUUCGCGGACACGGCGACGCAAAUUUACUUUGGAUGCAGCAGCGGAGGCACGAAACAAAACUUUCAUGGAGGAAGAGGAAGACGCACCGGCGGAGGGGGAAGGCGAAUUGGAGUUGGAAGUGCGGCACAAUGGCAAUGUUUUCGCUAGUGCAGCUGCUGUCCACCAGGCGAUGGCGACACCGAAGAACAACGAUGAUGAUGAAGAAGAGGAAUGGACGAUGACGCAAUUGGAGAAGAAAGUGGCGUCGGUGGUUCAGUUAUACGAUCCUGUGACGUCUGCUGUGGUGGUGAAAAAAUUAGCUCAGAUGGGAUAUCGCAAGCCAUGCGCCAUGGAAACUGUAGAAGCAAUUCUACGCAGCUUCCAUCAGCGUGAGCUUGUGUUCUACGACAGCGGCAUUGCGUAUCUCCUAUAG